UCGCUUGAUCUAAUACUUCAAGAAACAGAAACAUCACUCUUUGCCGUGGAAUAGUGUACGAUUCGUGUACAUCUUCGCACCCGAUGUUUUUCUGGAUUUGUCAAAUGAUGAUCAUACUCUUCAUUAUUUCCUAGCACACCUCCGAAUCACCUAGGACUUCCAUCACUCCCAUCAAUGUCAAAUUCUCUAUCGGCUGCUGUCUAUGUUAUCAUCUGGAUGAAUGUUGUUGAUAACAACAGUGAUAAAUAUUAUAAUAUCCAUGGCAUGCUUGUUCCGAUUCCUUUUCAGGGCAUGGAGUGAUUCGAAAAUGUCUGUUGGCCAUCCUCAAAUAUUUUUGUUUCUACUAGAGCUUCCAUCACUGAGAUUGUGCAUUUAACUUUUGUAUUUCUGUUUAAUUGUUCAUCAAUGACUCAAAUUUUCAGACUUUUGGCAGCUGCAGAUGCUUUCCACAAUGAAAAGAAGCUAGUGAAAGAAUGCAAAUGAGCCUCUGAAUCUUCAGAACAAGGAUAGUUCACGGCUCAGUGAGAAUGCAUCUGACAAAAGAGGCUCUAGCACAAACAGUGUUCAUCCUUUCAUUAAGCCUUCCAUCUGCCACUUCCGAAUCCUUCAACAACAUUUCUUUCAAUUUCCCGACUUUUCAAUCAAACGUUCAGAGAUUAACUUUUGAGGGCAAUGCCUCCAUAGUGAACUCCAAUAUCCAACUCACUCUAGGUGAGCCAAUGGAGUGCCCCAAAGAAGCAGUUGGCCGGGCAACAUAUCAACAACCCAUGCACCUGUGGGAUAGUUCAACAGGGAACAUGGCGGAUUUUGUCAGCCAGUUUACUUUCACUAUCGAUUCCCAUAGGAACUACUCCCGCGCCGAUGGAUUGGUUUUCUUUCUUGCUCCUAAUGGAUCGCAGAUCCCUGAACACUCAGAAGGACCCUUUCUAGGCCUCACAAAUUCGACUCUAAACUCUACCAACUCUAAUACUGCAUUUGUUGCUGUAGAGUUUGAUACUUUCUAUGACAAUUUGACAAAUGCAUGGGAUCCACAAUGUGAUCAUGUCGGAAUCGAUGUGAACAGCCUGGCUUCUGUCAAAAAAACUUGUGUACCAUGGAUGGAUUACAACAUAUUCCAUGGUAAAAAACUCCAUGCUCAGAUCACAUACAAUUCUAGGGAAAUGAACUUGAGUGUUAUUUUUGGAGAUAAUGCUGAUAAUUCUACCAGCCUUUACUAUCAUCCAGUCAACCUGACGGAGUACUUGCCGGAAUGGGUCGUUUUCGGUUUCUCGGCAUCAACUGGGCAGUUUCUCGAGGCUCAUGCUAUUUUCUCAUGGGAAUUCAACUCUAGUCUACAAAUCCCCGACACACCUUCGGGUGUAAUAACUCGAGGAAAAAAGAGCAAGUCGUGGGUAAGGGGGGCUAUCUUAGGCUUAAGCUCUUUUGUGUUGCUUAUCCUUGUUGCAGGAUUUGGCUGGCUUAAUUUUAAGCUAAAGAGAAAUAGAGAUGGUCGAAGUGGAGAAGAAGAAGAUGUUCCUGGGAUUGAUGAAGGAUUUGAACAGUCGAAGGGGCCCAAGAAGUACUCCUACAAGGUCUUGGCCAUGGCAACUAACAACUUUGCCAAUACCCGGUUGCUCGGGGAAGGGGGUUUUGGAGGAGUGUAUGAAGGCCACCUCACUAAUGCAAAUUCCCAUGUCGCUAUCAAGAAGAUCACUCCAGAGUCCAACCAAGGUGUAAAGGAGUAUGCCACUGAAGUGAAGACGAUUAGACAUCUCAGGCAUAAAAAUUUAGUGGAGCUCAUCGGCUGGUGUCAUGAGAGAGAGAAGUUCCUCCUCGUGUAUGAGUUCAUGUCUAACGGUAGCUUAGACUCUCAUUUGUUCAAAGAUAAAGCGCCGCUAACAUGGGAAAAGAGGUACAGUAUUGCUCAAGGCAUCGCCUUAGGGCUAAAGUACUUGCACGAGGAUUUGAAACAAUGCGUUGUGCACAGGGAUAUAAAGUCCAGCAACAUCCUACUUGAUGCACAAUUUGAGGCUAAAUUGGGCGAUUUUGGCCUGGCUCGGAUAAUUGACCAUGCCAAAGGGUCACAAACAACUCUGUUGGCUGGGACCAUGGGAUAUUUGGCCCCUGAAUGUAUCUAUACAGGCAAGGCAAGCAAGGAAUCUGAUGUCUACAGCUUCGGAGUUGUCCUCUUAGAGAUAGCGUGUGGAAGAAAAGCUAUCGAACUGAGAGCAUCAGAAGACCAAGUCCAACUUGUGGAGUGGGUCUGGGAGCUCUAUGGAAUUGGAAAGCUAUUAGAUGCAGCGGAUCCAAAGUUAAAAGAAAAUUUCGAUGCGAGACAAAUGGAGUGCUUGAUGAUUGUAGGCCUCUGGUGCACUCAUCCGGACACUAAAGAACGGCCUCCAAUAAGCAAAGCAAUAAACUUUUUCAACUUUGACGCUUCACCACCCACUCUGCCACCAAAGUUGCCCAUCCCGACAUAUAUUGUUCCUACAUCUCCGAUGCCUGAACUGUCGCACAUUUCGUCGGCCAGCUUCAAAAGUAUUGAACCACCGAGCGCUUGCAGUACUGAACUAUCUGCAUCUACUGGCUCUUCCUAGGAAUCUUCCACUUCAACUUCUUCUGUAUCGCACGGCUACAAGCAUACCUUUGGUUUCUUGCUUCUAUAUGCUCUUUAUUGUUGGAUUUUCAUAU